CAGGCAAUCAGUUGAUCGACGACAAGCUCUCGAAACGGACGCAGAUUUUGUAAGUCGCCGUCGCGCAUGCGCAAACUUAAAUAACAAAAAAAAGAAAAAAAUUAACGAACAGCAGCGAAGACGAAAUCGAAUUGUGUUUUCAUUUGUUUGCUUUUGUUUUGUUUGUGUGUGUUAUGCCAUGCACAAAAACCCCAUGCUCGUAAAAGUUGGAGAAAAAUCAAAAAUUCGGAAUCGAAAAUUCAAAACCUAAAAUAAGUUUGCCAAAACAAAAAGAAACCGCAAAAGCCGCGUUAUAAUAACACAAAAUAACGGUUGAUUUUAGUGAUGCGUUUUGACUCUGUAAUUUCCAUGGCGGGUUGCUGGGAUUACUUCAUCUGCCGUUUCAUUUCCUAUAUGGCCAGAUGAUUCAACGCCAAACUGACCAGCGCAAAAAUAAAAACACAAACUACAGCUGAAAAAACAUUUGGCUUAACGGCUAACUCGAAGCUAUAAAUUGGACAUCAAAAUUGGAUUAUACAAAAAAUAAAGAUAAAUAAAAAAAAAAAAAAAAUACAACAAAGUGAACACGAAAAGUUAAUAACAAUUAUUUUGUAUGCCGGUUUCUUCUUGACAAGUUUGAUCCCACAACCCGACAUCAGCAACAGCGACCAGCAUGAAAGGCUGGUUCGACGCGUUUCGAGACGAUGGGGGACCAACGCUAUAUUCCUUUUCAAAUCGAACACCCGUCACUGGAGACGUCUCUAUAGUAGCCGUCUCUGUGCUCUUUGCCACAUUUUAUGUGGCAUUUUUAGUCAUCUUUCCAGGGUGUAAGAAAACAGAAGUUCACAACGUUUUCGACAGUCACACUGAGCCUUUUCGUGGGUCUAGUCAUACUAAUCACCCGCCUGGGAUCCGCGUGGCAUGUGGCACAUGCAACCAUCAUCGCGCCAUACAAAGCCUUCUCACGCGAGAAGCUCCCAGCGCGCAUCGGCACCCACAUUGGCCUCAUGCAUGUCAAUGUGACGCUGACGGCCAUUCCCAUUGGAAACUGGACACCACCUGAUAUUGACUACAAUGAGCGCUUCACCUGGGAGGGAGCCAAUGACAUGAGUGCCAACUAUCGCCAUGCCCUACAGCGCGGACUACCUUUUCCCAUAUUAACCGUGGCCGAAUACUUUAGUCUUGGCCGCGAGGGAUUCUCGUGGGGUGGACAGUAUCGGGCCGCUGGAUAUUUUGCGAGCAUAAUGCUCUGGGCCUCGCUAGCCUCGUGGCUGCUGAUGAACCUGCUGCUGAUAGCCGUUCCUCGAUAUGGAGCCUAUAUGAAGGCCCUGACCGGAGCUCUGUUGGUCUGCACCACGGUGGGCUAUCAUUGCCUACUGCCAAAGCGACCAUUAUGCAUCUACCUUGAGGGCGGACGCCUGGAGUUCCAUUUUGGCUGGUGCUAUUGGCUGGUUUUGGUGGCAGGCAUUCUCUGCUUCAUUGCGGGUGUUCUGAUCUCCAUAAUUGACUUGGUUUGGCCGCACACCUUCUCCACGGUGCUGGAAGUAUACUAUGGCACUCCCUAUGAUCGACACGUGAUCCUGGAGGAGUCCAGUGAUGUGCGGUAUCGCAAGCCUCGCAACAGUCGCAGCUUGGAGGAUCCACCUGGUUUGGGGUCUCGCAUCCUGCGCCGCCUUAGCUCAAAAGCCCGUGACUUGCAACCGGGCACAGCACCACGGCGAGAUAGUCCUGCCGGAGUGUCUGGCAGUGGAGGAGUGGAGAACAAAGGAUUCCAGUCGGAUGCCCCGAAGAGUCCUUGGAGAUAUCCCUUCCGAAGGUCGCAACAAUUGGCGCAGCAGCAGCAGCACUCGCAUCCGCUGCAUCAGCAUCCGUUGCAGCAGCAGCAUCAUCAGCACCACCACCAGCAGCAACUGCAGUUUGUGGGCGGACCUGUGGUGCAACAUCCCAUGCAUCAUAUGCAGCGCACCAUGUCGCAGGACUCGGGAUCCAGCAUUGCCUCAGCAGCCGUGCAAAUAUCCCCGCUGCACAAACAUGCUUUGGCGCGAAUGUUGCCAAAUCCCCCAGUGGAGCGUAUUCGGGACAUGGAUCACUGGUGAUUGCCAUUGGACAAACCAUAAAAAUCGACUAUUUUUAUUGGGCUUAAUUCUUAAUCUUGACUAAUUGGAAAUAAUUUAAAAUCAAACAAAACUUAAAAAACAAAAACCAUUUGUGAUAAUUUCUUAAUUUAAACAAGACCAAUAGGAUGGAAAAUAUUUAAUAAUUGACAAGAUUACAUACUUUUACUUUGAUAAACAUACAUUUAUAACGAAAACGAUGUUAAAUUUAAAUAUAACUUUAAUUAAAUUAUUUUAAAUGUUAAGGCUAACCUUGUAAUAACGAACGAUGGAUCAAAUUUAGCUAUAAACGUGUUUUAGUGAUGUUCAUUUGUGAUAAGACAGUCCUGCCACACACGUUAAUAAGUACGAAGAACACAGGAGGAGAUUGGAGUUAUGACAAAAAAAAAAAUAACAGAUGUUUAUGUUUAAUUAGUAAUUUAUUAUUUGUAAUUUGAAUUCAAUGCCAGUGUCUAUAAAGAAUAAGUUAAAAAAAUGUGUAAAAUCCGUUUAAGUUUAAUGUUUAAGCUUGACAAUGUUUAAAAACGAUAAGAUUCGAGAUCAUAUACGAUGAACUAAAA